AUGAUUGUCCAAAAGCCAUCGUCCAGGAUUCGCGACUGGGGUUACAGCCCGGGCCGCUUUCCAACAGGGCCUCGCAACUCCGUACUCGAUGUGCCUGGUGUCCGUGUUGGACAAGUGGAUAUCAAUAAAGGAGAAGACGUGCAUACUGGUGUCACCGUCAUCUUUCCAAGGGGCGUCAAGGACACCUCCUACAUUCCGUGCUACGCGGCUGUGCAUGAUAUGAAUGGUGUUGGAGAAUGGACAGGUGUGCAUCAAAUUCGUGAAUGGGGGUUUACCAGGGCGCCAAUCGCUUUCACAAAUACCGUCAGUGUUGGCAAAGUCUACGAUGCCAUAUGGAAAUGGUCCGCCAAACGCCUUGAGGAGGACGGCAUCACAGAUCUUCUUGAUCAGAUGAACUACCUUGGAUUCCCCACCGUUGGAGAGACAUUCGAUGGACUACUGAAUAACAUAUUCAAGAGUGUCAUUGAAGAGGAACAUGUUCUUGCUGCCAUCGGAAAUGCUGAGAAGCAAGAUGCCGUUCUAGAAGGAAAUCAUGGUGGUGGGACGGCCAUGCGAAGCCACGGCUUCAAGGCAGGCACGGGAACUAGCUCACGUGUUUUAAAAGGCGAAGGGAACAAGGAGUAUACAGUAGGUGUGAUUGUGCAGAACAACUACGGCAGCAUGGACGAUUUGCAGAUUGAUGGGGUACCAGUGGGAAGGAUUCUGAAGGCCGGGAAGACGCAUGCAGAGAAAGUUCCGAAUGCUCCGCGGGCUCCGGAGAGCGGAAAGGCGGCUGAGGGAAGCUGUCUGGUUCUUAUCAUCACCGAUAUCCCACUGCUUCCCCAUCAACUCAGACGCAUAGCCCAGCGAGCUGGCAUGGGUCUCUCCCAAGUUUCUGGCCAUGGUGUCGGACGGAAUUUUAGCGGGGAAUUCUUCAUGGCCCUUUCCACAGCAAACUGUCCCGAAUCGCCGUCGUCCUGGGACGGCACGACCAGUUUGCCCCCGUUCUUGGAAACAGACAAGGUGGAGACUAUGAAGUCCAUGCUCAUCGACUCAGUGUUCAUUGCGGCGGCUGAAGCGACCGAGGAAGCGCUUCUGAACUCUAUGACGGAAGCCGAGACGAUGAAAGGGUUCAAUGGUUAUGAGACCCGUGCAUUGCCCAGGAAAGAAGUAGAGGAACUGCUGAAAAGGCAUGGCCGAGGUUACAUGCGGGACCUGGCAUGA